AUGCAUUUGGUGUUUGCUACUUCGUGUAUCUUCAUGUGCGCGAGCGUACGGGCUAUUGUACUGAAGCCUAUGCAACAGCAGUCCUGGGAGUUCGACCUGUACGCCGAAGAUGGGCAAGUCAAGACAGUUCCUGUCUAUGAACAAUGCGAGACGAUGCGCCUCAAGUGGGAUCGUGGCACGGCUACAGGCGCAACGACGCCUUAUUCACUCCUGGUAUACACCUCGAGAUACACUGUCCCCUUCAUUCUCGAUCUUCCCAGUGAUGCAGAGUUUGGAUACGACUUCGAGGUACCGUUUCCGCCGGGCACUCAGAUGCAGAUAUGUAUGUUCGAUGCGAACGGUUACACCGGAGGUUGCAGCUCUCUCCUCAGCAUCGUGUCGAGCGCGACGGAGCCUAGCGGAUCAUGUACGAAUCAGACCUUCAGCCAACUCCAGAACCUCGACGUCGAGGCCAACAUCGUAUCGGGGCCGCUAUCCAGGACGGGGUGGAUACCACAGACUCCGGUGCUCGGCCAUUCAAAUAUCACCGAAGAAUGGGACGGCCCCGUACACGGUCAUAGUGGCGCCGCCCUCACACCUUCCGUACAAUGCGACCUUUGCUUCGAUAAUCAGCUUCAACUGGACGGUCUCUCUGUCGUGGGGUACCCCCUUCUUUGUAUCGCCCUGAAGGUCACAGACGCGGAGCGCAACGUCUGGUCGUACGGCUUGCUACAUAGCGGGGAAGGGACGACCUCCUGCAUGGCGAAACAUCAGGGCACCGUCGUGCCAGUCGGAGCUGCUGCGGGUACCGGAGCUGGCGCUGCUCUCCUGGGUUUCGUCAUCGGGGCUCUUGGCGUGUGGAUCUUCCUCGUACGUCGCCACCUCAAAAAGGCCAUUUCGCCUGCUGGAAGUGUGAACACUGGGUCGGGCUCGUCCUCGGUGCGUACCGCAUCACAGACGCAGUUAGAGACGACCACCAACGGCCCUCCCUCCUCGGAGAAUCCCGCAAGAAGCCAGUCCGCUCGCCGGCCUCGCGGCGACAGGAGGCAGGACAGUGGCCGCAACAUCUACGUUGUGCAUAGCGACGGCGGUGCUGCGCCGGUGCGGGUCUUCUACGAGGACGAGGAGGAGGGCGUGCAGCAGCUGCUACCCAACUACGUGGGCGAUGGUGCGCCGGAGGGGUUGCCGGACAAUACGGGAGAGCCCAGUGGGAGAAAACGGAAGGAUGGCCAUCCUAUACCACACACAGCAUCUGUGAGGAUUCGCGAGGCCACGCGCAAGCCAGUAGGGCCCCGAUGA